CCAGGAUUACGAACCUCAGUUUACGUGAUAGACUCGAGCGCCUCUCUACUUCCUAUAUAUAUGCCCCAGAUAGCUUGGCAUGAAACAUAUAAAAAUCUGUACAUAUGCGUCUUUGUAUAUCAGUUUAGCGUAUCACAAAACAGUCAUAUUCAAGAUUCAAAGAUCGAUCCCCGUUUUAUAUAUGAUGUGUUCCCUAACCCGCAAUGACUUGCAGAGGAUUUUUGAGAAGCUGGACCGGAAGGGCGAUGGUUAUGUUAGCGUUGAGAAUCUGAAGAGACUGGCGGAGAAUAUAGGAUUCAAUUACGGAGCAGAGGAGGUCGAGUCGCUGGUGGGCAAGAAGAGACUUGACUUGGAAGAGUUCUUGAUGUUUUACGAGUCCAUAUCGAGAAGUAACAGUAGCGGGGAGAGCAGAGGGGGUGGUGAAGAAGAAGAAGAGCUGGUGAAGGCGUUCGAGGUGUUUGACAUGGAUGGAGAUGGAUUCAUCAGCAGCGAAGAGGUGGAGUGUGCGCUGAAGAGGCUUGGCUUAUGGGACCCAAAGAGCUGUAAAGACUGCGCCUCCAUGAUCUGCGUAUAUGAUACCAAUUCCGAUGGCCUGCUUGAUUUCCAGGAAUUCAAGAACAUGAUGUUGCUUACCAUCCGUUGAGCUGUUCUUGAUGAAUUCUCCUUAGUGCGAGUCAUAUCUACUUGAGCAAAAUGUCCAAGUAGCUAGAUCUGCAUCAAGCUCCCUGCCAUUACAAACGAAUCUUAUAUAUUGUGAUUAUUAAGCAUAGGAUCGGAGCU